AAGAUCAUUUGAACGACCCGGGAUUCGGCAAACGAAGACCAGAUGGCCUUACCCAGAGCGACACCACUUCGUGCUUCGAACUGAAACCAAAGUGCUGCUCCGCGCGGAGUCAAACAUCCGACGGCUGUCGUCUCUUCUCCGCUCGAUCGCACUGUCCUCAUCGCUCCUCCGCUGAAAAGUGAAACAACCCCCCCAACCCCAACCCCGUUCCCAUGAAGGCACGCGCGUCCGCCAAGAGAUCUCCUCCGCCGCCGCGCCGCCCGCCGCCCAUGUCGACGGCCGACCCCGAAUCGCCGCCGGGGGGCCACGUCCCGGACCCCGGCACGCCCGAGCCCGACCACCUCGCCGGGGCCGCGCCGCGGGAUCCCCUCCUCCAGUCCGGCUGCUUCAUCGAUCCCGCCGACGACGACGCCGCCCUAGCCCCCGGCGACCGGGAGGGCCAGAACGGCGCCGCCGAGGAGGCGGAGGCGGCUCCGAUCUCGAGCCGGGCCCCGGGCUCCGCCGACGGGGCCGCGACCCCGCAGAGGCCGAGCUCGAACGGCGGGGCGGAGGCGGUGCCCCCGACGCCGGAGAACGCCGGCUCCGCCGAUGACCCUUCGAGCCGGCGGAAGACCCGCGUGGUGUUGUCGGAGACGCCGGAUUGGCUGCCCGCCGGUUGGUACGUGGAGGAUCGGGUCAGGACGUCCGGUGUAACAGCUGGGACGAGAGAUAAGUAUUACUGCGAUCCAGUGUCACACCGUGUAUUUCGCUCGAAGAAAGAGGUCCUAUACUUUCUUGAAACGGGAUUCUCCCGGAAGAAAAAGAAGAUGGAGAACGCUGAUGCAAAUAAUGACGUGGGGAACUCCAGUGCUAAUAAAGCGCAAGCAGAGACCUCUGGAGGCCAAAGACAGAAGAAAGCAGGCCGAGCGCCACCCCUGCCGCCGUCGACUUUUGACUGGAAAAAUUGCCCCGAUCAGGUAAAAUGGGUACUGAAAGACGCUUCGACCAAUACAUGGAUUCCGCACAUUAACAACGAGGAGGUGCCUGAAUCGAUCCGCAAAGAAUGGGCUGCUGCAUUGGAGUACCUUAAAUACAAAUCUAAAGUUUGACGUUUGCUGCGAAAAAUUUCAAGGCUCAAAGUCGAGGUCUUUCUGUAGUUUGGGGCUGAGAAACUCUUUGGUUUAAGGUUCCUCAACUACUUCCUUUUUACCUCAUUGACAGUCUUGUAUCUAGUAGUAGUUUUGUUCGUGCUGUCAAAGGAUAGAAUAUCAAAGUGUCCUGUCAAUGUACUUCGUUUAAGUGCGCUGUUCUGGUAGCUGAACUUGGGGAAAAGCACAGUGGAAGUUUCAAAUCCUUUUCUAUUGCUUCCAGCUUGAUGCCA